UCACAUGGUUUUGGCAUCAGAAGAUACUUUAAUUACGUUGCAAUAUAUCGAUGUGCUACUCUUGUAACUCUUCUAAGCAAGGAAUGAUUGUAACAUUCACUAGACGGGACUAAUCUCUAGAUUCGGUGAUGAGUUCUAUGGCAAGUGAUCUUAUUCACCACUUCCGCAUUUUGGAAAAGUGAUAGCUCUUUCCUAGAAUGAAAACAUAAAUGUUCAUCAUUUCCACUUGGGAUCUUCUAACGGUAGAUUUUACACUCCUUCUGAUUGACAUCUUUCAUUUACCUUCCUUAAAGCGUAAGAUUGACUGGCUUUCUCCGCCUACGCAAGACCUUGUGUAAUAUUCUUCAUUUUAUACAUAUCUAUUCUUCAAACGAAGCAGGAUGUAUUCCAAAUCUACCAUCUUUUAUCGAACCCUCUUACUCUCCCUUCCUCUCACAAUCACUGCUCUUGCCACAAAUUUCCAGGGAACCUAUCAACAAUAUGCAACUGCUACCUACCACUUAAAGGAUACAUACAAUUCCAAAAACUUCUUUUCGGCAUUUAGCUUCUUUACGGGUGAAGAUCCUACUCAUGGAUAUGUAUCAUAUCAAUCCCAAUCAGCGGCAUCAGCACAAGGUCUUAUCAAUACCAAUAACGGACAAGUAUAUCUUGGUGUUGACUCCAAGACUGUUAAUCCUGCAGCUGGUCGUGCAUCCGUCAGACUUUCGAGUAAUAAAUCCUAUAACCAUGGUCUUUUCAUUGCAGAUAUUGCCCAUAUGCCGGAUUCACGGUGUGGUGUCUGGCCUGCAUUCUGGAUGACGGCGGCGGGAGCUAAUUGGCCAUAUGGGGGGUAUGUCCCAAGUUCUUUUUCGUUUCUUCAUCGUUAUCAUAUAUUUAUACCACACUCCUAUAUUCCCAAUUCUAAUUCUUUCUCAGAGAAAUAGAUGUCAUCGAAGGUGUCAAUCUCGCUGGCACGGACAGCAUAACCCUUCACACAGCACCCGGCUGCGUGAUCAACACAGCUGGUUCCCAACCUGGCAUCACCCCAAGCGAUUCAAACUGCAAUUCCAACAACGGCUACAACGGCUGUGGCGUCGCAACCAACAAACCCAAUUCCUACGGAACCGGUUUCAACAAUGUCGGAGGCGGCGUCUACGCCAUGCAAUGGGAAUCUUCCGGAAUCUACGUCUGGUUCUGGCCUCGCGGUAGCGUGCCAGCGGACAUUACUGCCGGCAAUCCAGUAACGGGGAAUUGGGGAUUACCAGUCGUGGCAUUUAAUGGCGGAAGUGGAUGCAAUAUCGAUAGUUUCUUCAAGGACCAGAGCAUUAUCUUUGAUACCACCUUUUGUGGAGACUGGGCGGGUGCAGUUUGGAGCUCAGGUAACUGUGCGUCAUUAUCAAACACGUGUAAUGCGUUUGUAGGGCAGAAUCCAGGCGAGUUCCAGCAGGCUUACUGGGCUAUCAACUCGAUUAAGGUUUAUCAGCUAUAGGGGUGGUUUGGGUUUCGGGUGGUGAUUAGUGUCGCUACCAUUCUUUUUGGUACAUUGGAUUCUUUGAUCUUAUUUUGUGUUGACUUCUAUGUAUAUACUAGUGUAUUCGAUCUAUUCUUGACUCAUAUCUAGCUGCAAAUCAUUGAUGUUUAUCUCCAGCGUUGAAGAGUUAAAUCCCUAACAGCUAUUCACUGAUAAUUCAUGUCUUGGUCAAUAGUUUUCCAUGCCGGGACUAUAUUUUUGGCUUUUUAAGCGAGUCUCAAAUUGGGCCUUGGGCAUAAAUGCAUACACUGUCUUCCCUAAAUCUUGUCAGUAGUUGUCGGAAAGUAUUUUAAGAAAU